UUGCUCUUUUCUAUCCCUAAAGGAAAAGAGGGGCGUGUGGGGAGGCGCCUUCCCCGCCUCCCUCUCUCUGUGCCUCACUGCCUUUGGGGGAACCCUCCCCUGUCUGAGCUCGGGGCCGGCUGCUGGGACCCUCUGCUCACCUCGCAUCCUCCUUCAGGGCUCAAGGAGGGCUUUUAAAUGAGCUGUUCUGAGUGGGAACACGGGGCUCUCCAUUGCGACUGUCGUGGAAGGUUUCUCAGAUUCUUGUCCUUGUACUACUAAAAUUAUCCCUAACUAAAGAUGCAUCCAGACCUGUCUCCUCAUCUGCACAGUGAAGAAUGUAACCUAGUUAUCAGUCUGCUCAAGAAGUGUCACAAGGAGCACAACAUUUUGAAAUUUUUUGGCCACUGCAAUGACAUUGACCGUGAGAUGCGGAAGUGCUUAAAGAAGGAGUAUGAAGAAAACAGGGCCAGGAACCAGGCGAUACGACGGAAGCUAAUUGAUGCUCGCAAAAACUCAGAGAAGUGAGCUGUGCUGCAGUUGAACAGCUGCGUCUCAACAGGGACGCUCGGUUGAAAGUUGACAGAAUACUUAUUCCACAUCACCAGUGCUCAGCCUGCGGUUUGUGAAAUGGUGAAAAAAUAAACGCACCUAAAACAUUCUCAUUCCCAGCAAGGCAAACAUUGUGGAAAAAAAUAAAUAUAACAAAUGAUCACUCACAACUUAACUUAAUUUUUGACCUCUAAAAGAAAACUAUUAUGGCAAGUUUUUGUUCUGGCAUUGUUUUGUUAUGAUUGUUAGGUAAUGAGGAAUCAGUGUGUGCGGAAUAUUGUGUUCAAGGCUGCUCUAUUCCCUACCGUGUGUUGAGCUGCAUUUAUUUCUUUGUGUUUGGCAGUUUUUCUUUCAUGUUUUUUUUUUUCUUUUCUUCUUGCAAAACACUGCAUGACUUUUCCAUCACUCUUUGUAAUGUUGUGAUAACACUGCUUAAAUGAAUUAGCAAAAAGAAAUUUUAAACAGAUGUGGCUUGAAAUUGGAAAUUGCCUAUCAAGUAAUAAUUGGCGUUCUAGUAUUUUUAUUGGAGCUAAAAUGAUGAAACUACCAUCCUCCACUGAGAAGAUUAAAAAUCUUUCCUGCCAACCAUAUGUACAGUGUAGACUGUUGUAAGACAAUUUGUUCAUCAUACCCAAAGCAAGCGGCUUUAAAAAUUCAGAAUGGAACAUUUCCAGGGACUUACAAAGCAUUGCCUUGAUUUUUGUUGAGUACAAUCAACGUGUGCUGAGUGGUUUUUGAAGAGGAGUGCUGCCAAAAAUACAAGCUAAAUAGUUCUUCCACAUACUCAGGUACAAAGACGAAGUCAAGUUAUGACAACUGUUGUUGAAGGAAAGUUCACACUGAAGUGAAACAAAGCGUAACUUGCCUUUCUGUUCAAGUCAACUAGUAUUGUGCUAACCAGGUUGCCUUGUUAGCCUACAAGAGCUGUUGUUUUGCUAUCAAACUGCAGAAAGUCCUCAACAAGUCUCUGAAUUCAGAAGGUUUGAUAUUAAAACCUGUGUUGGUUUGUGCGGUGAUGGAGCUGCUUCACUGGGUGUCUGCUGGAUUCACCUUAUUUUUAAAUGACUUUUCUGUUCUGCCUAGCAACAAAAGACUAUCUAAAAAAAUAAAUUUUACUGAGCCAAAUAUACUAAGUGUCUUGAACCUUUUGAAGAAAGGGUGCCUAGGCUACAAUGAAUGCUCCAGUUUGUUGUAAGAACCAUUGUUGACACUCGAUCUUGAAAUUAGUACAUGUACCUGUUUUUGGAAGAAAGCUGUAUUUUGUGAUCUAUUUUGAAAGAUUAAUUACACAGAAUAAUUUUACUUAUUUUUCAGUACCUGGAUGGACCCAGUUAAAUUGGUAAAACUUAACCGCAAAGGUUUUCAGUGAAAGUUCGAAGAGAAGCUGAAGCAAUUUUUUUCUGCAUCAUGCUGUCAGCUUUCUUAGAACAUGUAAAUGAUACAUUAUUUGAAUUAAAUACUUGAGUGGUUGGAA